AACUGAACCAGAACGCAGAUACUGCGUAAAUCAUAGCAGGCUUGGCAUUUAAAUAUUUUUACAACACGGACAACAGUACGCCCAACUGUCAUUUAAGGUUUUUAAAUAAUGGCUCAAUCGAAGUAUGAAUCAAAAAAGGAGACCACGAACUUUGCUCGUAUAGCACGGCUUAUCCUGGGUCCCUGUACUGAUGUACUGCGUGAUGUACUCAAGAAAGAGAUCCGCCCUUCCGACUUGCCCAAACUAGUACAGACAUAUUUAGCAAAACUACCAAAACAAAAGAAGUGUCCAAUCACCAAAGAACAGGAGAAUCUCAUAAACAAAGCUAAUUACUCAGACUUUGAUGUCACAUUGCUUUAUUUUUUGCUACGCAAUAUAUCUAACAUUCCGCCGCAUAAAAACCAAUGGGGAAAUGCUCCUAGUCCAGGUGAUAGUAGUGUAUCAGCAAAGAUAGAAAUGAUUCGUUUGAUAAGAAAUGAAUUUGGACAUAGCUCGGAAUUCUCAAUCUUAGACAAUGACUUCCAAAAUAAAUGGCAAGAGAUUUUUGACAUAGUUCGAAAUUUAGAGACUUACGUAGGGGGUGAAACUAUCUGUCAGAAUGCGGUAAAGUCAAUCAAAAUCUGUUCAAUGGAUCCUGACCAGAGCAUAAAAUACACCAAAGAACUGAUUGAACUGAAUAAAAAAAUUAACCAUAUAUCAGAAGAAGUCGAGAUUAUUCAAAAGACGAUUAUUCCUUGGAAUGUUAAAGGAGAAGUCGAGAAUAAUUAAAAAACCAUUAUUCCUUGGAAUGUUAAAGCCCAGAAUGAUAAGGAAGUAUCAACAUGGAAAGAAGAAGAUGUUCUUUUCGUCGAAAGUCACAACUUCCAAUCUAUGCUAGAUCAAGUCAAAGAACAACCAUAUGUAACGUUGGUAGGUGUCCCAGGU